GGAAAGAUUAGGAAUCGGUGGUUGGUAUUUGGAAGAGGAAUGAAAAGAGCGGGGCGGGAACCCGUCGGCGGAGUUCUUCAGUGUGAAGAUGUGGGAGGAAACAGGGGACUCCGUGACCUUGCUGUGCCUCACAGCCAGUAGUGGAGUGCCCUUGUAUUGCAGGAGCCGGGGUGGCUCCGUCAAGCAGCAGCUACCCUUCUCUGUGAUUGGCUCCCUGAAUGGGGUUCACAUGUUUGGUUCCAACUUGGAUGUCCUGCUGACAGCUGCCUGUACAGAGAACACUCGUGUGGUGUGGAAAGUGUUCCACAACAGCAUCACCCUCAUUGUCCUGUCUUCCGAUGAAGGUGCAAGUGACUUCAGCCUUGGGAGACUCCUCGAGAAUGUCUUCAGUGCCAUGGUGCUGGUGUUGGGCCUGGAGGAACUGGUGAAUGCACGCAACAUUGAGCGUCUCAAAAAGGACCUGAAGGCAUGUUACAGAUUGAUUGACAGCUUCCUGGAGCCUGGCAAAUGCAGUGCUGACCUGACCCACUAUGUGGAGUGUGCUGUGGUGCCCUCCAGGGCCAUCUUGCAGGUUCCUCACCGAUUCCUGACCUUCCAGCUUGUUCCUGGUUUGGAGGUGGUGCUGUUGUGCGGGCCAAGUCCCUCCUUACAGUACGUGGCUGAUGAGCUAGUGAAACAGUUUUGGCAACCGUUGCUGGAUCUCCUGAAGCAGACUGCCAGAGCCUCCCCUCGCUGCCUCCCUCCAAGCACGUCUCUUGCCCCUGGCAUCCUUGGGCUAUUGUUGAUCAACCAAGAACAGAGGAAAAGCCUCUUCACAGUACAACCUCACGGCACCCAGGCGGAAGAAUCCGAGAUGCCCCUGAAGAGUCGCCUCUGUGCCCUCCGCUCUUUCUACGCCUUAGCUAUCUCUUUGUACUUUCCCUCUGAGAAGUCCGAAGGGAGUACGGUGCCUCUGCAGGAAGAGUUCCAGGCCGGUUUUUCACACCACCCGCUGCACUGCUACAUCAUCAGUGCCACACACAAGGCCUAUGCCAUCCACGGGAGGCAGCACCAGCUCUUUCUGCUCCUGAAGCCAGACGUGCCCACCUUUGCCCUGCGCUCCCUGGCAACCAGCACGCUGCAGGCCCUCACCGCUGAGGAUUCUGCCCUCUGAGCAGGGGAGUUCCCAACCGGAUGCUGGGAUGAGACAUGCCUCCCCCAAAAACAUUCCGCAAAGGUGUAUUUCCUGUAUACCGGAGCAGCCUGGAUAUGGAAGAAAUUCCCAAAUCAGGAAGAAUUCUGAAGAUGAGAGCAAAUCUCUCUAACUCUCUGGUGGUUACACAGGAGGUAACUGAGACACUCUUGGCCUCUUCUCCUUCACCAGCCCCCAUACAGAAAGGAAUGCUUGCUUUUUAAAAGAAGUUGGCAAGAAGUGCGUCUCCCACUACCUGUCUGCAGGUAUUUAUGCAUUGAUAUCACAUACACCCAAACAGCAAGGAAUGCAAGCGUACCCUCUACCGAAGACUAAGACGGAUGGGUCAAAAGUGACAGACUUGGAGCCGAGGGACCAAGGUUUAUAAUGCAGUACAGCUCAGCACAGCAAUUGGCUUACCUGGGUUGGAAGGUGCCUGCUGUGGCUCUGCAGGUACAGGAAGUCUGAUGAUAGAAAUUGGCAUCAGCCCAUCUUCCCCCAGGAGCAUUUGCUCCUACCUCAUUCAUCUCCUCUUCCAAUUUCUGUGAUAACUUGAUUAGCUUCUCGACUUCACACGCUACACGUUCUGUGUUUCUACUUAUGAGAGGCUCUUCUUUCGAUGUUCCUACUGCUGACAUUCAAAUGUGGCCUCUGCCAGCUCACUGGAAAGCCAUACUAAUUUUGACCUAACCUUGCAAGACUGUUUGUAAGAGUUAAUAAAAUGUUUUG